UUUAGGAAGCUGAUGACUGAUAACUGUCGUCGUAGCGUUGGUAUAGAUGUUCUCUGUAAAGAUAUGGACUGACUCAGCGGGCGACUGUUUGCAAAUAAGUUCUCAGCUAGUUAGGUAGCUAAUAUAGUAGCAUCCUGGAUUCAUUACUUAAGCAUUAGAACGCCAGUACACCGGAAUUGCUCACUCAACACCAAUUAAUGGAGUUUACAAAGGGCUUGAUCAUCCAGACAGUUUCGCCAGCUUAAGAUACGCAGAAGUUCAUCAUGGUGAAAAUUUUUAUUGGCAAUCUUGCCUGCAGUACCACACCCGAGGAGCUGCGUGAACUCUUUGAGAAGUACGGCAAAGUCUCAGAAUGUGACAUUGUGAAAAACUAUGGUUUUGUACACAUGAACUGCAUGUCUGAAGCAGAGGAGGCCAUUCAAAACCUCCAUCAGCACCAGCUGCAUGGCUGGCGCAUGAACGUCGAGAUGAGCAAAGGGAGGCCCAAGUCCACCACCAAGCUGCAUGUCAGCAACCUGGGUGAGGGGGUCACCUGUGAUGUUCUGCGGGCCAAGUUUGAAGAGUUUGGCCCAGUGGUGGAGUGUGACAUAGUGAAGGACUAUGCCUUUGUUCACAUGGAGCGAAUGGAGGAUGCCAUGGACGCCAUCAGUAAGCUGGACAACACAGCCUUCAAAGGCAAGCUGAUGAGCGUACAGCUGUCCACCAGUCGGCUUCGCACUGCCCCAGGAAUGGGAGAUCAUACCGGCUGCUAUGUCUGCGGGAAACAUGGUCACUGGUCGAAAGACUGUCCAGUCGGUCGCAACGGUAGCCACGGUGACGGCAUGAGAGGUCGCAGCGGCCGGGCCCCCCCACGCGGUCCCCCAGGUUAUGGCAGGGGCAGCUACGGGAUGGCCUCACCUCCAGCAGCUGAUUACAUGGGUGGCUCUGCGUAUAGUCAGGGUAGUUAUGUAGGUGGGCUGCCGCCUCCCCCUCGCAGGCCCAGUGGCUACGGUUCUGAGCUGGGGGAUAGGUAUGUCAGCAGAGCAGCAGCCUCCUAUCCUGAGAGGCCAUCAGCUUAUGAUCGUGACCGUCUCUAUAGCAGUGUUGACUAUUAUGAGAAGUACAGAGCUCGCCCUUAUGGCUCAAGCUAUUUCGAGGAUCGGCGCAUGUCCUAUCUCCCCCCACCCCCACCCCCUCCUUCCUCCCUUUCAAAGCUCUCCUCCAGUAUAGAUCCAUAUGACCGUCGGCCACUGCCUCCACCUUCAACGGCUGCUGCAGCUGCCGCAUACUAUGCACGAGACCGCAGCCCAAUGAGACGAGUACCGGUCUCUGCGGCGGGCUACGCCUACGAGCGAACACGGCUGUCACCGGUGUCCUCCAGGAGCUCUUAUGCCAUUCCACGACCCAAGGAUCAUUAUGCGCCACGAUAUGCGCCUUACUAAAAACCACGGUGCCAAGGUCUGUUUGUGCAUUAUGGGACUUUUCCUUUGCCGUCAUUUCUUCAAGCUACGUGAUGCCAUCGGUCUGCGCGGUGUGCGGCAAAGCAUAUGAAAUGCGGAAGUUCGCUUUGGAAAUUGUGUUGGCAUCUUGGAGGCACCUGAGAUGUCAGUUCCCUGCAGAUGAAUCAUCCUUAGUCACAUUUACAUCUAUUUUCAAUAAGGAUGAUUAGCAAACUGCAAUGUUUGACAUUUAUGAUGUAUAAAACAAUACUUUUCUUACGUGCUCUGCAGGUUUUCAGCUCACUUUUUAGCCAUGUCUUUUGUUUUUCUUAUCUGUGUUUCUUCCUCACAUGAGGCAAUUGUUACUUGUUUGGCUGUUGUUUAUCAUUUGGAAGAAAGCUGGAUUUAUAGUUCUGCGUGAAGAGGCUAUGCCGUGCCUACAGCGGCUACGUGCCUAGGCUCUAGGGUUACACCAUAAGCUACACAUCAGGGCCGUGGCGUCCUUAGAGAAACCAUGGGCAGCAAGAACUGUGAUUGGCUGAUUGGGUUUUCCUCUACAUGUUACUAAUUCUUUGUAGAGCAUGAAGACGACAUUAAGGAAGUUAAAUACUCUCAUUAAUUACUCUCCAAAACCCUCUGCUCCCUGGGAUUGGCGCUUUGUAUGAAUGAUUGAACAUAAACACACUGAUAGUAAGGCAGAAGGAGACACAUUGAAAUAAUAUUGUUACCGGGAUGUAACUCUAGUUUUAUAAACCAUAACGCAUCGUCACUCUGCAUCACCAAGUUAAUGAAAGAAUGUAAACAUGGUUACUGUGGAUAUGGCCCGAUUAUAUACAAGGUGUUGAGCUUCAACUUACGUUGGGACUCCUGUUAACACUUCACGUCGACUAUAAAUUCAGCUUUGGUGUUCGUAUUCCAUUAAUAUAUAAAGAUUUAUUUUUUAAUUGGGAUACGGGUUAACCCAUGCAGUUAGCUGUAUCUGUUGCUUGUAGUGCAGAGAAGCUCCUCAGCACACAUCUCACCUGAUGUGGGUCAGUUAUAUGGAUGUGGAUAUAGAUUAAUGUUUGACUAAUAUAUUUUUUAAGUAUAUUCAAAUAUAUUUCAUUAGUAUUCCGUGAAGGUCUGUGGAGGGUGAAACACACAGUAAGCUGUCUGAUGUUGGGUGGGAUAGUGGACACAGUGAAUCCAUAUCCACGUAACUGACCCGGCUUAGUGUUCAGUCAGGAUUCAGAAUCACUGUGAGUGAUGUUGAGUGAGAGGAUUCAAGGUAAGACACAUAAUUUCAAACAUUCCAGCCUCAUUUUUUCUAAUUUCAACAUGUUCCCAGAAUAUAAAAAUGAAUUUUAUAAUUGUUGAGGUAUCUGCUGAAUCUGUGAAGUCAAAAUUCUUCAACGAAGUGUUGUUGAGUGACACCACAACAAGAUUAUUGGCUAACAAGCAUUGUGCAACAAAACAACAACAACCCUUCAAAUCUCAGAUCUAAGUCUGGGAUGGUUGUGUAUUGUGUCCACAUAACAGCAAAAGCAGAUACAGAGAUGUGAGGCAGGACUCAGGGCUUGGGCUGGGUAAGUCAUUAGGCACUUGCUGUGUUUAAGGUGCCUUUGUUUGUUUUGCAUAUAGGUAGAUUUGAAGUUUGUAUUUUUCAUACUAGCUGUAAAAGCACCAGCAUACAUUAAAAAUCUAAAAUGAAUAUGAUUUUUAAUAAAGCCAAAUUUAUUUUGGUCGUGA